ACCGCUUUUUGUUUACAUUUUUUUAAAGGCCACCUAACCGUUUUACCAACAGUUAUGAUAACAAAAAUGAAGUAUUUCGAAUUAACUGAUCACUAACAAAAGACAAAUUCAAGAACAAUUUUGAAGGGCAGCCUUAAAAGACAUGGACACAAUUUUGGUAAGCUUCACAACGAGUAUAAAUAUGAAAGAAGCAAUUGUGAUUAUUAUCAGUUAUCAAUAACUUGAAGUCUCACUCAAAUCAAACAUAUCAAAAACAAAAUGUUCAAAAUCGCUGUUGUUAUUUUUGCCGUCAUUGCCUGUGCUGCUGCCAAGCCUGGUUUGAUUGGUGCUCCUUUGGCCUACACCGCUCCUGCAGCUGUUGUUGCUGCUGCUCCUGCUCCAUUUGUCACUGCCACCAGCAGCCAAUAUGUUGCCCGUAACUACAAUGGCAUUGCCACUGCUCCAGUUGUUGCUCCCGUUGCCGCCCCUGUUGUAGCCAAGACUCUUGCUGCUCCCCUUGUUGCCAAGACUUUCGCCGCUCCAGUAGCCGCCGCUUACACAGCUCCCGUUGCUGCCGCAUAUUCGGCUCCAGUAGUUGCUAAAUACGCAGCUACCUAUGCUGCUCCUUUCGCCUACUCCGCUCCUUUGACUUAUGCCGCCGCCGCCCCUGCACCAGUCUUGUUGUAAAUACUCUCGACGAAAAUUUCCCUGAUAUGAUUCGAAAUAAACUAUUAAUUUAUUAAAUC